AUUUUUUCUAUCUCUCUCCCUUUUGAUAUUUUUCCAGCUGUCCACCACCUCCCUCGCUCGAGUACAUUUUGUUACUAUUAUUUGAUUAUUUCUGCCCUUGGUAUACAAUGUUCGAUGAUGCGCUAUAAACAAAAAAAUAUCCCGCACCCACUCUGUCGCUAAACUAAUAUACUGGAGAACCGAUCUUCUGUUAGCCGCUCCUACUAAUAUACUGGUUAGCCGAUCGAUUGUUCAGGUCCUCGGAUCUUGACUGUAUGGAUGCGUUCUUGUCAUGCCUGGACGACGGCCCGACGGCUUCGCCGCCGCGCGCCGCCCCGCCGCCAUCCCCGGCGCUUAGCGCGCGGGACCUCUACAGCUUCAUAUGCAGCGGUCCACUGGUGGACAGGAUCGGCUAUACCAAAGAGAAGGUCGCCGACUCCAUCGGCCGGUGGCUUCGCUGCGGGGUUGACGUGGCGCGCCUCCUCCGCCUCGACGAGCUCCAGCUGUCGGAGGCCGAGAAGGCCCGGGUUUACCAGUUCUACAUCCCCGUCUUCCUCUGGUGCGAGGACCAGGUCAUAGAGCACAGAGCCAAGUACAGCGAGGGCGACGACAUCCCGCCAUUGGUGAUCGGGGUCAGCGCUCCCCAAGGAAGUGGAAAGACGACUCUGGUCUUCGCACUUGAUUAUCUUUUUCAGGUUGCUGGUAGGAAAUCCGCCACAUUGUCUAUAGAUGACUUCUAUUUGACAGCAAAAGAGCAGAAUGAACUGAGGGACAGAUACCCUGGAAAUGCUCUUUUGGAGCUCCGUGGAAAUGCUGGAAGCCACAAUCUCCAAUUCAGUGUUGAAACACUUGAGUCACUGAUGAAACUAACAAAAGAAGGCAUCAAGAUGAAGGUUCCACGGUAUGACAAGUCUGCUUUUGGGGGAAGAGGUGAUCGUGCUGAUCCUUCUGUGUGGCCGGAGGUUGAAGGGCCGUUAGAGGUUGUUUUCUUUGAAGGAUGGAUGCUUGGAUUUAAACCUCUUCCAAAUGAAGUUGUGAAAGCAGUGGAUCCCCAGCUCGAGGUGGUUAACAACAACCUUGAAGCAUACUAUGACGCUUGGGACAGGUUCAUCGACUCGUGGAUCGUUAUAAAAAUAAGAGAACCUAGUUCUGUCUAUCAGUGGAGGCUGCAGGCGGAGAUAGCUAUGAGAGCAGAUGGAAAACCUGGAAUGUCUGAUGAGGAGGUUAUGGAUUUUGUAUCACGCUACCUACCAGCAUACCACGCAUAUUUGCCCAAGUUGUACAAAGAGGGACCGAAUGGUUCAAAGCCAGACCAUCUACUGGUCAUCGACAUAGACGAAGGGAGGAAUCCUAGAUCCUAAUGAGGGCUCAUUUGUUUUGCUCUCAGUUCAUGUGAAUUGGGUGGAAUUGAGUGGGUUUAAAUCCUAAACAAGUCAAAAUCUUUCAUAUAUUUUUUAAUUUCAUCUAAUCCACAUGGGAUAGAAA